CUUUCCUCCUGAAGUCUGAGGAUUUGGGUGACAAAAUGAGUUCAGUAGAAUCCCGGCAUGUCUGAGGAUUUGAGUGAACGAGCAAAAUGGGAGGCUGGUUUUCAUCUUUUGGGUUCCGAGCUCCUGCAGAGUCACAGUGUGCUGAAACUCAGAGGGAAACUGGAAACAAGACAAACACUGCCCAGAGGGGAGGUGUCAUCAACAAAGCUCAGCUUACUGAUGUUAAUGUGGGAGGGAAUCUAACACAUAAUAUCAACAACAUAUAUGUCCAUCCUGCUGCCUGGACAGAUGGAGCUGAUGUUUCUCCUCAAAAUGAAGUCCCAGCUGCUCCCAAGACAAAAGAGACUGAUGUUGUUUCUAUCAAACUCAAAGAAAGAACAAUCCCAAACUGCCAAGCUGAACUAAAAUCUUACCUUUUAAAUCAAACAGAGGAUCUGUUUGAAGGAACAGAGGAGAGUGGAUUAUCGACUCCAUUAAAGGACACCUAUACAGAGCUUUACAUCACAGAAGGAGGCAGUGGGGAGGUUAAUACUGAACAUGAGGUGGUUGAAUUAGAAUGUAAAAGGUCUACAAGUCAGGAAAAGAAAAUCCACCUCAAUAACAUUUUUAAACCUUUAUCAAACGGAGAGAACCGUCCUCAGAGAGUCCUGACAAAGGGAAUCGCUGGAAUUGGAAAAACUGUUGCUGUGCAGAAAUUCACUCAUGACUGGGCAGAAGGAACAGCCAACCAGAACAUCCAGUUUGUAUUUCCAUUCACAUUCAGAGACUUGAAUUUGAUAAAAGACAAGAAAUUGAGUCUGGUGGACUUAAUAGGUCACUAUUUUGAAGAAGUGAAGGAUUUGGAAACAUCAGACUACAAAAAGUUUUGUGUUUUGUUCAUCUUCGACGGCCUGGACGAAAGCAAAUUUCCUCUGGACUUUAAAAAUAAUGAGAUGUGUCGCAGUGUUACGGAGGCUGCAACAGUAGACACCCUCCUGACCAACUUAAUCAAAGGGAAACUGCUGCACAAAGCCCUGGUCUGGAUCACAAGUAGACCUGCUGCAGCAAGUAGGAUUCCUCCAGAGUUUAUCAACAGAGUGACUGAGGUACGAGGCUUUAAUGAUAAGCAGAAGGAGAAGUACUUUCAAAAGAAGAUUAAUGACGAGGUUGUGGCUCAGAAGAUCCUCAAACAUCUUCAGUCAAAGCCACUGAGAAGUCUGUACAUCAUGUGCCACAUCCCAUUGUUCUGCUGGAUUUCAGCCACAGUUCUCCAGAGUCUCCUCACAGAUCCUCCUGAAAAUGAGUUGCCAAAGACUGUGACUGAAAUGUACACACACUUCCUGAUCAUCGAGACAAAGAGGAAACAACAGAAGGAUUAUCAGAAAGGUGAACCAGACAAAGAUCUGAUCAUGAAGUUGGGAAAGCUGGCAUUUGAACAGCUAAAGAAGCGCAACAUGAUCUUUGAUGAAAGCGACCUGAAAAAGUGUAAAAUUGAUCUGAAACAAGCUGCAGUUUUUUCAGGAGUUUGUACACAGAUCAUAAGAAAGGAAUAUGGUCUUCACAGACAGGAGUGUUACUCUUUCAUACAUUUAAGUGUUCAAGAGUUUCUUGCAGCUCUGUUUGUAUUAGAGACCUUCAUAGAUAGUCGAAAAAAUCUGCUCUGCUGCUGCAGGCUGGUACAGUUGACAUUCCUGUCAAAAAAAAGAGAGAUUUCUAUCAUCCUCCUCCACAAGAAUGCAGUGGAUAUGGCUUUGAACAGCGAUUAUGGACAAUGGGACUUGUUUCUUCGCUUCCUGUUUGGUCUGUCACAGGAUAAAAAUCAGAAGCUUCUUCAGAAAAUAUCUGGAUUUGAUGAAAGACGUCUGCAGAGCAACCAGGAGACAAUUAAGUACAUUCAUGAGAAGAUAAAGAAAUUGUCCAACUAUGACAAGACAAUCAAUCUGUUCCAAUGUUUAAAUGAGUUGGGUGACCAGACUCUGGUAGAGCAAGUCCAAACAUACCAGAGCUCAGGAGAUGUCAGUAAAAUCUCACCUUCACAUUGGUCAGCUCUGGCUUUUGUGCUUCUUUUCUCCAAUGAAGAUCUGGAUGUCUUUGACCUGAAGAAGUACCACAUAUCAGAUGAAGCUCUGCAGAGGAUGGUACCAGUGCUCAGAGCAGCAAAGAAAGCUGUGCUGAAUGGCUGUAACCUUUCCAAGAGAAGCUAUAGAGCUCUGUCCUCAGUUCUCAGCUCCCAGUCCAACAGUCUGAGAGAACUGGACCUGAGUAACAACAACCUGCAGUAUUCGGGAGUGAAGUUGAUCUGUGCUGCACUGAGGAGUCAACACUGUAAACUGGAAACUCUUAGGCUGCGUGGCUGUAACCUGUCAGAGAGAAGCCAUGAAGCUCUAUCCUCUACCUCUAAUGUGGACUUGAGUAACACCAACCUGCGGGUUUCAAGACUGAAGAAGUUCUGUGCUAGACUGAAGAGUAUGGUGGAAACCUUCAGGAGACUCAUCCAGGAGGAGUGAAGCUGCAGGAGACUCUCAGAUCUGCUGGAGAUGCAGAGAGAUGCCCUCCAACACCUGCAUUUCUACAUUAGCACCCAUGGACUUUUGAAGGAACAUGUCUUCAGAUGGGUCAAGAGGAUCUGGUAUGGUAUUUCCCAGGUUUUUUAAAUGAUUUGUUGGUACAUAUUUCCAGUUGAAAAUAUGAGGUUAAUAACUGCUGACUGGCUGAGUUCCAAAUCCAUUAAUACAGAUUUUUCAGUUAUUCAGUUUUUAGUCAUCAUCAUAUCAACAUACUGUAUACAUAAAUGUUGUUUCACUAUUUUUGGUGUAAAAAAAAAAAGGUUGAAGUGCCCAGGAAAUUUACUUCUAUCUGAAUGUAAUUCACUCUGGACCCUGUCACGUAAUUCCUUGUUUUUAUUUAAUCAUUAUUUUAAUGGAUCAACGUUCUCUGCUUGUAUAGUCCUUUCAUAUUAUUAUAUUAUUUCAGUAUUUGGAUACAGUUUGUUUUAUUUAAAUUUUCAACAAUAUUGCAAUUACAAUUACAAUUGAAAAACUUUUUUUUAAAAAAUUUCCACCAAGGAACAGUGUUAGAAAAGGAGUUCUUUUUUUUUUUACUUGUCAGCUGCAGUCCUGUUGUGCAUGCUCUGAGCGCAAUCCAGUGGCAUCCAGAGGAAAGCAUCUUACAGGCAAUGCCAUAAGUUUUUAUUUGACAUUAGACAUUAAAAAGCAUAUAUUAGCAAUGAUUCUACUGAAAAUUAUAUUUUAUAAGUCAUUUUAAAACAGCUUUGUUUACAGUUCUGUACAAGCUAACAGCAAUUACAUAUUCACAGUGACUGCUACCUACAGUGCAAGACAGCAAUGUACGUAUAUUUGUACCUAUUUAUAAUAUAAUGUUUAGUUUAGAACUCAGACACUGAAUGGUUUUGUUUUUAUUAAGUUGUUGUGCAUGCUUAUAAACACAAUGUAUUAUGAAUGUACUUAUGCUGCAUUUAAAACAUGACCUGCAUAGAAAGAGUUAUCAA